AUGGAGAAAUUAACACAAUUUGUGUCUAAAUCGUUUAAAAACAAUAACAAUAAUACAAUGAGUGAUCAGUGCUUGAAUUUAACUUUCGAUGUUAAAACAUCGUCCUCGCCAAUUAAAUUAGAAAAGGAAUUCGAUGAAUCGAAAAAGCCUAAAAACUGGCUCAUUUCCGAUUUACAAAAAAAAAGUCAAUCUCCCACCAUUGGCAUCGACCUAAGAUUAAACGCAAACCAACCGGUGUCGUUAAUUAAUGAGUCCGAAAAUAUUGAAAAUAACGAAAAUAGUGAAGUGUCCCCUGACGGUAAUGCUGAUGCAAUAAAAUGGAUUAAAAACAAUUCUGAAGUGAAACAUUCGCCGAAAAGUAGUUACUGUUCCAUCUCCUCGUCGAUUGAACUUGAAGAUUCUAAAUCAUGUCCCGAAACGGUAUUUAGUGACAAAAAAGACAACAAUGAGGAUAAUAGAUGCGAACAAAAAAUAUGUAAGUCAAUUAUUACAAUUAUACUUACGGAAAAAGAUGAAUUGGAUAAUAACCUCAUCAAGAGCAGGUGUACAUCGACAAUAGGCAGUUCAAUUAAAUCAUCAACGAAACAGAGACGAUCGCGCACAAACUUUACGUUGGAGCAACUUAACGAAUUAGAAAGAUUAUUUGACGAAACACAUUAUCCAGAUGCCUUUAUGAGAGAAGAACUUAGUCAACGUCUAGGUUUAAGUGAAGCAAGAGUUCAGGUCUGGUUUCAAAAUAGAAGAGCGAAAUGUCGAAAACAUGAGAGUCAAAUGCAGAAAGGCAUUAUGAUGAAUAAUCACAGUCCACCAACGAGCACUCCGCUGGAACCAUGCAGGAUAGUCCCGUAUAUGAACGUGCCAGCUCUACGUGGUUUAACGUUAACACCCAACGCUGUAACAUUAUCAAAUUACGAAAGACUGUCGACAGCAUCAUUAUCUCAACAAGGGACAGCAUUUUCAACAAUAAAUUCAGCCUUUAUAUCAGCUGCUCAUCAGUACGCAGCAGCAGUGGCAGUGAGUGGAAAUCCAGCUGCGAAUAUAUUGUGUCACCCCCAAUACCCACUAGAGUUCGCCGCUUUAUCCGUCGCUCACAAAAACUCGAGUAUCGCAGAUUUAAGACUAAAGGCAAAGAAACAUGCUGAAGCAUUAGGUUUGUCGCCACGAGAAAAGCAACAUAAUUAAAUAUGUGCUAAUCAUUAUGUACAGCUCCCUAAUUUUAAGCUUUGUACUUAUAAGUUAUGACACACGUCCGUAACUUUUUUAAACAUUGAAAUUAAAGUUAGUAUCUAUGUGAUUUAACAAGUA